GCAUAUAAACGCAAAAUGAGCAGCGGUCCCAUGCAACCAGUAGCACACAGAGCCAGCUGAGGAAUUCACCAGGUACCCAUAGACGUUUUUGAGCUCUCUGACUCUCUUCCAGCUUGGAUGUACCGACUGCCUGCUCUCAUUCUGUGAGAUGGAUGGAGUUAAAGGCUCCAUGGAUUGGAAACCUGUCACUCUGCAAUAAUCUCGAGGUUUUCUGGCAUCUGGAAUAUUGCACCUUGGAGGUGUUUUGAUCAAUUUGGCAGAAUUUAAAGACAUCAAAAAGACUUCAUUCAGCAGCAGUAUUUCCUCCAUCAUGAAGAGGCCUCUUCCUUUCACGGGCUGGGUAAGAGCAGCAAGCUUGUUCCUAUGUUUGACUCAGACCGCCCUGGCAAUGGUCCUCACCAACUCCUCACGACUUGAGUCCAUCCUGGACAAAUACAGGGAAAAGGAUGAGGAGUGGUGGAGGGCCCGGUCGAGAGGGAAGAGGGCCAUCAGCGAAGGAGACAUGCACCUCAUCCUGGACUUGCACAACAAGCUACGGGGUCAGGUCUACCCUCCUGCUUCCAACAUGGAGUACAUGGUUUGGGAUUAUGAGUUAGAGAGGAGUGCAGAGCACUGGGCAUAUACCUGCCGAUGGGAGCAUGGGCCGAGCCAUAUGUUGACACAAAUAGGACAAAACCUUGGAGCGCACUGGGGCAGGGACCGCCCCCCUACCUACCAUGUCCAGGCCUGGUAUGAUGAGGUGAGGCACUACAGUUAUCCCUACUCACAGGAGUGUAACCCACACUGCCCAUUCAGAUGUUCCGGACCUGUUUGUACGCACUACACUCAGCUGGUGUGGGCGACUAGCAAUCGUAUUGGCUGUGCCAUCAAUGUGUGCUACAACAUGAACGUUUGGGGAAUGAUCUGGGCUAAAGCUGUCUAUCUGGUCUGCAACUACUCUCCACCGGGCAACUGGUGGGGUCAUGCUCCUUACAAAUAUGGAACCCCCUGUUCUGCCUGUCCAGCUAGCUAUGGUGGAGGCUGCAGGGACAAUCUUUGCUACAAAGACGGGGGUGUUGACAGGCGUCCCGCUCCUGAGAUUGAGGAGACCAACUACAUUGAACCUGAAGCGGAACCAGUGAGGGACAGGGAGCCCCAACCCAGGGCCCAGACGCCAAACCCUUCACCCAAUGACAACCUUGAGAGAAACCAGGUUAUCAGCACAGAGCAGAUGUGUCAACAGGUCGACUGUGAGACUAAGCUGAGAGACCAGUGCAAGGGGACAACCUGUAACAGAUAUGAGUGUCCACCUGGCUGUCUUGACACGCCGGGAAAAGUUGUUGGGACUGGCUAUUAUGACAUGCAAUCCAGUGUGUGUGGCGCUGGGUUACACUCUGGUGUUAUUGACAAUGAUGGGGGAUGGCUGGAUGUGACCCGACUGGGCAGAAAACAACAAUUCACCAAGUCAUACAAGAAUGGUAUUCAAUCAAUUGGGAAGAACAGGAGUGCAAAUUCCUUCAAAGUAGAGACGGUGCCUGUCAAGGCUGUAACAUGUGAUACCGCCGUUGCACUGUUCUGCCCUUUCAAGAAACCUGUACGACACUGUCCCAGGUUGUAUUGUCCCAGGAACUGUCUGCGCGACAGUCAAGCCCGAGUGAUUGGGACAAAAUACUAUUCAGAUAAAUCCAGUAUCUGCCGAGCAGCCAUUCAUGCCGGAGUGAUCCAGAAUGAGUCAGGGGGCUACCUCGAUGUGAUGCCGGUGGACAAAAGGCAGCAGUACAGUGGCAGUUACCAGAAUGGCAUCACCUCAGCGAGCCUACUGAACCCUACAGGUGGAAAAGCCUUCAGAGUGUUUGCAGUCAUCUGAAAAACCACUCUCAAAGGACAGCGUACCGUCGAACAAGCCCACAUCACAUCCAGCAAACCCAGUCAUUAUCAUCUUACAACAUGUAAUUACAUCCAUUCCUUCAGUAAAUAAUUCAUCUUCUGGCACUAAAAGUGUAACAUGGCUUUACUCAAGGCUUCACGUCUAUGUUUGGUCAUGAGUGAAACAGCGUCCAGUAAUUUGUUUGUUUGGUGAAUGAUGAUCCUGGAUGUCUUUUGCCUUACGGCAUUCCUAAAUGUCUGCUGACCAUAAUAAUCACUCCCAUGCAUCAUGCUGACAUGAUAACAGGACUUAAUGUUUUUUAAUACUUAAAGUUGAAUAUACACCACCAGAUUUAGCGCCAAUCAAAAUGCCUCCAACAAUUUCAAAACGUGAAGGUUAAAAUGUAACAUCAUAGCUUUUACCAAACUAAUUUUAGAUGGAGUAUGCCUUAAUUCCAUGUCGACAUACCCUAUAAUGGCGCCGUCGUUCACACAAUCAUAAAAUCUGUGGGAACAAGAUUAGACUACUGUUCAGUCAGAUCAUCCCUGCUGACAUUAACUAACUGGGUGUUUGAUGCCAUCACACUUGCCCAAAACACCAAUAUUAUAUUUUCCUAUGGAAGACCAAACCAGGCAAAUUAUUGAGUAAAAUUACAAAUAAAUUGAUAUAAUAACCCACUGGCUAUGACUGGUGAUCGGCUAAGCCUCUGGUGGGCAACAGCCAGUAUCUCUGGUGUUCAGGUGUAACCAGCGGAUAUAAUGGAUUUUCAGACUUCUCCUGCUGUGCGCUGGUCAUUGUUUAAAGUGAAAUAAACGAAAAAAAUAUACGUAUUGAAAAAAUAAUAAAAAGCUAAAUCGUGGUCAGAAUAUAGGUGUUCGGCCUCUUUUUCGCUCCACACAGACUGUUUACCUGCAUGCAACCAGAGUCUGCUCGAGCGUGAUUGGUCAGUACUACUCAGACUACUAACGGAAACCACAAUGCUUCUAAUACCAAAAUCUUGCAUUCAUAUCUGUUAUAAAGAUGUUCAAAAUAUGCUGUUAUAGAAAUGAAUAAGGGUUUAGCAAGCUGUUGAAGUCAAUUCAUGUGGAGAGCAGCAACAUGUGUGUUGGGAAUGACUGAUGUGGCUUUAUUUCAGACUUUGCUUAUUGAAGAUAGAUUUAUGUCAUACUUUUGUUAAACUAUUAAAUAUAAUAAAUCAGGCCAUGCACACAGGGACAGUUUAAAUGCUUUUUAAUUUUCAAGUCUGGUUUGGGCCUUCAUAUAUCACUUCUUUCCAUCACAGUGGUAACAUAUACAGUACAUUAUAGCAUAUAACAAUGCAAGUGGUAAAAUACAGAUUGUAAAUUUUUGUACAUAAUAAUGUUGUAAAUAAUAUUUAACACUUUGAUAUGAAAUGCUUGCUACUGUUGCCUUUUUUCAUUAAUAUUUUCUCAUUGCCAGCCACACGGAGAGCAAAAUAAGUAUAAGCAAAUGCUAAAACAGAUUCUGCAUGCAAAACAUAUAUAUGUCACUCAAGCUUUUAUUUUUAUAAAAGAAAAACAAUAAUUCUAAUACAUUCAUAUGUUUGUAAAUAUAAUGUAUGUAACAAAUUGUUGUAUUUUAUACGGCAUUUCCCAGCUUUUGUUUAUAGAUUUAUAUAAAUGGACCCUGGCUGGCCAGGAAUGUGCAUGGUAAACUCACAAUAAAAAAUGCUUGGAUAAAAU